AUGCGGCGGGGCGCACUCCUGGCGGGCGCCCUGGCGGCGUACGCCGGGUACCUGGUGCUGGGCGCGCUGCUGGUGUCGCGGCUGGAGGGGCCGCAUGAAGCUCGCCUCCGGGCCGAGCUGGAGACGCUGCGCGAGGAGCUGCUGCGGCGCAGCCCGUGUGUGGCCGCCCCCGCCCUGGACGCCUUCGUGGAGAGGGUGCUGGCGGCCGGACGGCUGGGGCGCGCCGCUCUCGCCAACGCUUCGGGGCCCGCCAACAACUCCGACCCCGCCUGGGACUUUGCCUCCGCUCUCUUCUUCGCCAGCACGCUGGUCACCACCGUGGGCUACGGGUACACGACGCCGCUGACCGACGCCGGCAAGGCCUUCUCCAUUGCCUUCGCCCUCCUGGGAGUGCCGGCCACCAUGCUGCUGCUGACCUCCUCGGCCCAGCGCCUGAUGCUGCUUCUGACCCAUGCACCCCUCUCCCAGCUGGCCGUGCGUUGGGGCUGGGACCUCCGGAGGAUGGCCUGCUGGCAUCUGGUGGUCCUGCUGGGGGUCGUAGUGACCACCUGCUUCCUGGUGCCGGCUGCCAUCUUUGCGCACCUCGAGGAGGGCUGGAGCUUCCUGGACGCCUUCUACUUCUGCUUCAUCUCCCUGUCCACCAUCGGCCUGGGUGACUAUGUGCCCGGAGAGGCCCCCGGCCAGCCCCACCGGGCCCUUUACAAGGUGCUGGUCACAGCCUACCUCUUCCUGGGCCUGGUCGCCAUGAUGCUCGUGCUGCAGACUUUCCGCUACGUGUCCGACCUUCAUGGCUUCACGGAGCUCGUACUGUUGCCCCGUCCGUGUCCGGCCAGCCGCAGCGGGGAUGAGGACGAUCAGGCGGGCAUUGUGAACCCCCCGCCGGAACCGCACCAGCAGCUGGCUGCCGGCUCCCAUGCCGACUACGCCUCCAUCCCCAGGUAGCUGGGGCCGCGCCCUGAGGCUGGAUGGACCUGGCCUGCCGCUGAGGGGCCCGGGUGACUGGAGCUGCUAUACGGGACCGUCCACGACACUGCCACCGGCUGUCUGUCCUAUGUUUUACCCGUCCCUGUCCCAGGUUUCACCGCCAUUGCCUUGUUCUCCGCCCCCCCCCGCCCCCCGUCCUUUCUCUCACUCCCCCCACCCUGGGCCCUCUGGCUUUCUCUCACCAUCUCUGUCUUUCCCUCUCACUCUCCCGUGUCUCAUUCUUUUCCUGGCUCCACCUGCCUCGCCCUCAGUUCUAGCAGGCUCUGGGCUCAGACCUCAUUUCGGGCACUUGACUGGUCACUGUACUGUGGGCAGGUGGCUGCCCUUGUCUGAGCUCGGACGUGCAUCUGUCAAAUGGACACAAUAUAUCCACUCAUCCCAACCCCCCUCCUCUGAGCGGUCCCCAGGCUGAGCAGUGCUAGGGACGCUGUCGUGGUUGAGGUGGCGCCGGGCCCUGCUCUCAUGGGUUCCCAGUCCAGCGAGGUAGACAGACCUGUCCCCACACGGUGAUGGCCCAGAACAGGCAGGACUGCAGAGGGGGAGACAGGGGGGCCGCAGCGCGUUCGAGAAGGCUCAGGCAGAGCGGGCAGGGCUGAGGUGGAUGGAGGAAGCACAGGGACGCCGCCCUGUGGACGCAGCCCGCAGGGUCAGGGAGAGCUUUCUAGAAGAAGGGGUAACUCAGCCCUGAAGUCUGAGGAGCAGCCGGGGGAGAAGGGGGACCUUGUUUUAUCUCGUGUCCCUUGGGAGCGAGAUCCACGUGGCGAGCCCGGGGUGGGGGGUGGGGUAGGCCUGCGCCUCAGAACCCUCCUCAGCAGCCGGGCAGGCGGGGAGCUGACACAGGACCCAGCCAGGAUCCGAGUGGCACGGAACGCACUGCUCUGAGCCCAGACCCCGUUGGAAGAGCUGUCCCCGCUUCCCAAGCACGGACUGCGUGAGUGCUCUGGGCUCCAGCCUGCUUGGGCUCAAACCCCAACUCAGCUGUGUCCCUGCGCGGUCCUCGGGCGGUCACUUCACCGCUGCGGUUCUCAGUUUUCCUCAUCUGUAAAACGGCAAUAAUAACCGUAGUUACUCCGAAGAUGAUUUCACAGAGGUUGCCACGUUAUUCCGUGACGCUUUCUUUGGCCAGGUUCUGUUCCGGGUCCUUUACACACGAGGGACAUAAUUCAUCAUCCUUUUCCAUAGAUGAGGAAACUGAGGCACUGGGAGUGGAGGUCCCUUGUCUUAGACACAGAGCUGCGAGGGGAAUGCUUUUCUGUCUCCUGCCCCCAGAUCUGCCUCCUUCCAAGAUGAUACAUCAGUCAUAGUACUUGGCGCGACAGGCCUGUCUACUCAGCGGUUACCUCUACCAAGCCCCAUGG